AUGAUGGGAUCUAAAUUUACAAUAGUACAUCUUUUAUUGGUCACUGCACUUAUUCAUUUUCUUCAAGCAAGUUUUACCGAAGUACCUCCUCCACCAAAACGCCCAGAACGUUUUAAUUCAAGAGAAGAAUUGAAAAAAUAUUUGCAAAAAGUUCAUGAAUAUCAUAUGAUCGUUGGUCGAUGGCGUCUUCGACGUGAUCAUGAGCAACCUGAAUAUGACACUCCAUCGAAUAAUGAUUUAUUUAAGUUUUUCGACAUAAACAAUGAUCAUUUUAUAUCAAAUAAAGAAUUUGUUCAACGAAUGAGAUUUAAAACAUAA